AUGCGCAGAUCCCAAGGAGCUCCACGGAUUGGAGUGCUCCUUCUUCUAGCCCUAUGCAUCGCCUUUCUGGCUUGCCGCAGCUGCUUCGUUCCAGCUCCUGGCCGUUGGGGCAGCUCAGGUUUAGCUGCUGGUAUUCUUUUGCCUAGCCUGGCCCACGCCCAAGAGGCUACGUCGGCUGGAGACUCCAUUGAUACCUCCCAGCUGGUCGACUCCUGGAGGGCCUUCUCCGCCAAUCCGGACCAGUUCCAGCCACAAGCAGUUGAGAAUUCGGCAUCGUCCGAUUGGCAGUUGGGCACCUUGACUGGCCGUGCCGAUCAGGAGCAAGUCUUUUUGAUCGUUGGAGCACUUGGCUUCGCUGCUUCCUUCCUCGUAGCCUUCAUCCUUCCAAACCCCAAGGAUGAGCCUGUGGACAUCGAGGCAGCCAAGAAAAGGCCCAGACCCGAAUGGGUCAAGCAGCGCGACUUGAAGGAGGCAGAGGAAGUGAAGCUGAGAAAGGAAGCCUUAGAGCAAAGCCGUCGUGGUGGCGUGAGUGGUGGCAUGAUGCCACGAUGA